AUGGCGCAGUCUUUUUAUAUUGCAGUAAUUGCUGUUCUAGGAUCAGAUGUUUGGAUAUUACUCAAGGGAGAACUGAAGAUUGAAGAGACUGGGGAGAGGAAGAUGAAGCCAGCUGUGGCGAAGGUCAGGAAGAGAGCUUGUUUGCAGCCCUGGGUUAUUGGCCUCAUCACCUUUAUAUCCCUGAUUGUCCUGGCAGUGUGCAUUGGACUUAUUGUUCAUUACGUGAGAUACAACCAAAAGAAGACCUACAAUUACUAUAGCACAUUGUCAUUUACAAGUAACAAAGUAUAUGAUGACUUUGGAAAAGAGGCUUCUAAAAAUUUCACUGAAAUGAGCCAGAAAAUUGAAUCAAUGGUUAAAAAUGCAUUUCAUAAGUCUCCAUUGAGGGAAGAGUUUGUCAAGUCUCACAUUAUCAGGUUCAGUCCAGAGGAACAUGGAGUGUUGGCUCAUAUGCUGCUGAUUUUUAGAUUUCGCUCUACUGAGGAUCCUGAAGCCAUCAAUAAAAUUAUUCAACGUGUUCUAGCUGAAAAGCUUCAUGAAGCUGUGGGACCCCCUAAAUUAGAUCCAGAAUCAGUUGAAAUUAAAAAAAUCAACAAGACAGAAACAGACAACUUUCUGAACAGUUGCUGUGGGACACGAAGGAGUAAAACUUCAAGACAGAGUCUCAGGAUCGUUGGCGGGACACCGGUGGAGGAGGGCGAAUGGCCGUGGCAAGCUAGCCUGCAGUGGGAUGGGAUGCAUCGCUGUGGAGCAACUUUAAUUAAUAGCACGUGGCUUGUGAGUGCCGCUCACUGCUUUAGAACGUAUAAGGACCCAACCAGAUGGACUGCUUCUUUUGGAGUAACAAUUAAGUCUCCAAAGAUGAAGCAAGGCCUUCGAAGGAUAUUUGUCCAUGAAAAAUAUAAGUAUCCAUCACAUGACUAUGACAUUUCAGUUGUAGAACUUUCUAGCCCGGUUCCCUACACAAAUGCCGUACACAGGAUUUGUCUCCCUGAUGCAUCUCAUGAGUUCCACCCAGGCGAUGAGAUAUUUGUGACGGGAUUUGGAGCACUGGAAAAUGAUGGUAGUGGUCAAAAUCAUCUUCGGCAAGUACAGGUGGAUCUAAUAGACACUAAAACCUGUAAUGAACCCCAAUCUUACAAUGGUGCCAUCACUCCUAGAAUGUUGUGUGCUGGCUCCUUGAAAGGAAAAAGAGAUGCAUGCCAGGGUGACUCCGGAGGACCACUGGUUAGUCCAGAUGCUAGAGAUAUCUGGUAUCUUGCUGGAAUAGUGAGCUGGGGAGAUGAAUGUGGGCAACCUAAUAAGCCUGGUGUUUAUACUAGAGUGACUGCUUUCCGGGACUGGAUCCAUUCCAAAACUGGUAUCUAAGAGAGAAAAGUCUAGUAGAAUGGAACACAUUUUUGUGUCUAGGCUGUUCUCAAAGAUGCAGAAUGGCAGAAGUCUCGCAGGUCGCUCGGAUCUGACCCAUCUAACUAAUCCGUUUGUUUGGUGCAUGUAUUUCCUUGCUAGCGCUGCUCCACACUGAGCGCCCUGCUUCUGCCAGAUAGAUUCUGUCCCAAUGUGCAUUCAUUUGUUUUCUAGAAAUUUUCUCAUCGAAAUUUUGGCUUGUUGAUGUACAUUUCUUAUGCAUAUAUACAAUUGGAAGCGAUUCCUUCUUUCAUUUCCCCAGCUUCUCUCAUCUUAGUAAACCUGUUUUCAAGGUGCAGGACAAAGGGUGAAAGGAAAUGUUAAAAAGGAAAGAAUUCUAUUUUUAUGUACAAAAAAGUAUUAGGAGUUUUCUCCUUAAAGGAAUGAGGAAAAUGAUCAUAUUCAUGAUGACAGGUCAGCCAAACAGAAAGCAGAAUACCAAAUACUUAAUGAUGGAGAAAGAAUGGAAAUUAAGUUAAGGAAAUACAGAGAAACUAAGAUACAGUUUUAUUUUCAUUUCUAGCUAACAACAAUGGUGAUAAAUGUGGGGACAAUUGUGUUUUCCUGUGGCCUACAAUAAUUAUACAGACUCUAUAUAAUGUACUUGUGCUAAGUGAAAGCAAAUAAUAUUUAUUUAACCUUGCACUGCUGAAGAUAUCAAUAUAUUGUAACGAAAACAUCAUCCAUUUACUUGAUAUGAUGAUAGUCCAUGAAGAAGGGGAAGAUGGAAAAAUACCACUACUCAAUUCUUUUAAACAUCACCACUGCAAAU